GACAAAGACGUCCUCCUCCGUCGUUCAUUGCACUACACAGAAUCCUGUUCGGCGGCAGCAUUCGCCCCGCUAUCUCCGCUCCGCUCUAACCGUCACUCUAUCACCCUGUCACUGUGAUAGAACACCAUGCAGACUGUGUCAGUCGUGUUUUGCGGCAUUUUGCUUUUGCAACUUUUCCUCAGCGUACGUUCUCUGCCGGUCCACGGCCGGCCCGCCAUCAGGUACAAGCAGCCACAGGUAUGGCCUGACAGCAACAUCCACGUUGAUCUGAAGAAGAGCGGACAACACGAACAGAACACGCUUAACAAAGAGUACCAUCUGAAGUCUUCACUGUCAUCCAAAAAUGACACAGAGUUCUGGAAGCGCCCUCGCUGUGGAGUCCCAGACUAUCCAACUUUAACGCAGGUUGGCCUGUCGUACUAUAACCUGAAGGAGAAGAAGGGGCGUCUAAGUAGACAGCAGCGCAGGAAGCGAUUUGCGCUGUUUGGUGGGCGCUGGGAGAAGACUGACCUCACUUACAAGAUUGUGCGUUUCCCCUGGCAGAUGCACGAGGGCAAAGUGCGGCACGUCCUGCAUGAGGCAUUUGGAGUGUGGAGUGCAGUGACUCCUUUGACGUUCAGAGAGGUCACCACUGAGAAAGCUGACAUCAUUAUUGACUUCAACAGGUACUGGCAUGGCGACAGCUUACCGUUUGAUGGUCCUGGAGGAAUCCUCGCCCAUGCCUUUUUCCCCAGGACACACCGAGAGGGCGAAGUCCACUUUGACUAUGACGAGAAUUGGACAGUGGGCAACACUGUGGGCACUGAUCUCGCACAAGUGGCAGCUCAUGAGUUUGGCCAUGUCCUUGGCCUGCAGCACUCCCUGGAGCCUGAUGCUGUGAUGUGUCCUUUCUACAGUGACUCCUACCCUCUGCAGCUCAGCGAGGAUGACAAGAGGGGCAUCCAGUAUCUAUAUGGCCCCUCUCUGCAAGCACAACCCGAAAUGACGGAGAGCAAUGAGAUUGACAUUGGAAUGCUGGAUGCCUGCAGAACAAACUUUGAUGCCGUAUCCAUGAUCAGGGGAGAGCUGUUCUUCUUUAAGUCUCGGUAUGUUUGGCGUAUCCGUGAUGGGCAGCUUCAAGCUGGCUAUCCAGCCUUGGCUUCACGCCACUGGAGCGGCAUUCCUGACCAAAUCGAUGCUGCGUAUGAAGACAAAUCUGGCAACAUCUGGUUCUUCAAAGGUGAGCGCUACUGGGUGUUUGAUGCUGAGAGGAAGAUUACAGGACCGGAUUCAGUGCAGCAGUUGGGUCUUCCUAUUACAGAUAUCCAAGCAGCUUUGAAGUGGGAAGAGGACCACGUUGAGAAAGUCUACAUCUUGAAAUCCUCUUCCUACUGGCCCUUCAAUCCUCAAGUGAAUCGAGUAGAUGAUGUUCAUCCUCGCAGCAUGCACAAGUGGGGAGGAGUGCCAGGCCACAUCGAUGCAGCCUUUCGUGACCGAUAUGGCUACGCCAAUUUCAUGAGUGGACUGCACUAUUGGAAGUUUGACCCUGUGGCGUUGAAGGUGCUAGAAGGCUACCCCCGCAGCAUUGGCAUGGAUUUCUUUGGCUGUUCUGCCUUUCUGUCUAAAUAA